AUGACACGAGAGGACCAUAGCGGCAGACGCCUCGCGCGGGCGGAAGCCUUGGCUCGCCACUACGGACAAAAACACGGAGUCUUCUACGUGGACGCCUCCGGCCCGUACCAUGGGGGUUGGUACACGGCCGCAGUCGUCCACCAAAACACAGCAGUAAAUGGACUCACUUUCCGUGCACACAACAUUACACACGCGGAGGUGGUUGCCAUCGCGCUAGCCGCCGCAGAUCAACACUCAAGGGCCAUCAUCACCGACUCGAGGGGUGCUUGCCGCAAUAUUGAGCAGGGGCACAUACCGUACCUUGCCUACAAAAUUUUGCAAAACAGCGACUAUCUCGGUGCCCCCUCGCACCGUACGAUUAUCUGGACUCCCGCUCACACGGGCCUCGAAGGAAACGAGACGGCCGAUGCCGUCACCCGCGCGCUCACUUUCCGGGCAUCACCUUCGUCCCCCACCGAUCGGGACCCCGAACCCAAUCCCGCCUAUACUUUCAAAGAGAACGUUCAGCUCUACCAAUCUGGCCAUGCCAUCUAUCCCAAGCCCUGUAAGGGCCUCACAAAGGCGGAGGAGCGCAUUCUCCUUCGCCUUUAUACCAAAACUCUGCUGUGCCCGGCAGCCUUAAAAUACUUUGACCCCGCUUGCACGGGGGAGUGCCCGCACUGUGGGGAAAAGUCCUCAGACAUUUUCCACAUGGUAUGGGCAUGUCAAAAAAACCCAAAUCUAACCCCCCUACCCAACCCUUCCCGGGAAGACUGGGAGGCAGCCCUGCUCGGCUGCUCUGACCUGACGGCCCAACGGGCCUUGGUCGAGCGGGCCCGGGCGGCGGCCGACGCCAAUGGGCUCCCGUAAGGGG